ACCGACGCCGCUGCAACACAACAAAGACGGCCUUGUUUCUGCUUUUGAUCGUGUUUUUCCUACUCUCACUGAUGAGCGAUGUUGUUGAAAGGAAACAAUUGCAAGUGAGACGCUUUGCAAGGGCUCUCAUUCACGGAGUUCAUCAGCAUUAUGUGAGUGAUUCACAGCAGGCGCCGAGUGUCACGCGCCCAGACAGCCUGCUCGCUCCUGCUUCGCCCAUUUUGGCUUGCAGCCCAAUGCACCGACUUCUUCAUCUUCACUCAUGCAACAAGACACACGUUCCGUGCGUGCAUACAUUUGACACCGUGACACGCCAAUCGUGGUCGAUCAUACUGCACGACAUCACGUCUAAAGUCCAAACAACAGUCUUCGGCGGCAAAUCAUCACUACUAGUCUUCGUACUUUGUACACUAAUUCUUUUGUGGUCUGUUUCGGCUAUCUUACACAACAUGAACGGAUCCGUCAGCCUGCCGACCGAAUCCAGCUGAGAUCCUUCCUUGUGCAUCUACACCUAGCAGAAAGCUUGAAUACCAGUAAUCGCACGACCAAGGAUGAGAGCUGCAUGACUGUUAGCAUUGUGCGACCGCGAAGUGUCUUUUA